UUAUAUACAUUAUCGUUAACCCUCGUAAGCAAUUCGCAUUUCGGAACAGAAGAAUUUAUUUAGAAGCAACCGGAAGAUAGUUUAGAAAAUUUUAUGAAAGAAUAACUCGUUCAACUUAAUUAAACAGUUAUUCAUCCAUUUAGUUUAUAUAAUUCAUAUUUGAUAAGUGUAAUUGAUAAAUAUUAAUAAACAUCUUUUUAUGUAAAUUGAAUAGAUAGUGUCUAACUUCUUGUAAACUUGAAUGUAUAAUUAAAAAUUUGAUCCUAUAGGGGCUUACCUUUGUUAAAUAUAUAAUAGAAUGGAACUGCAUAGAGUUUUUGUAUACGGAACAUUAAAACGCAAUGAACCAAAUCAUUCGUGGUUUUCUAAAAAUACUGAAGGAUAUUAUAAAUUUAUUGGUGAAGCGAAAACAGUCGAAAAGCUUCCUUUGAUUAUUGCUACCGAGUACAACAUACCUUUCAUAUUAAAAAGUCCAGGAAAUGGUUAUAAUGUAUUGGGUGAGUUAUACGAGGUGGAUUCUAAAGUGUUAUCAGAUCUGGAUAUUUUGGAAGAUCAUCCUAAUUUUUAUGUACGAGAAAAAUUUAACGUGGAACUGUUUAACUCCGAACAGUUUAUCGAAAACGUGUGGAUUUAUGUUAUUGUGAAUUUUCAGCCACAUUUAUUGAACGAAACUUGUUACGAAACGUACAGUAAUUCGGGUUCUCAUGGGAAAAAAUAUGUUGAAAGGUACUUAAGAAAUAAAUAUUUGGACUAUAAACAAAUACUUCAAAAUUAAUUUUGACGAAAAUUAUAAUUAUAUUCUCUACUGUCUACACAUUCUUUAUAUCUUUCAAUUAUUUCCACUUUUGAAUUUAGUACUUGCACUUGUCAAAAAAUAUGCUGUUUACUUUCAAUUUUUAAAAAGAUUUCAACAUAUAUCUUACCACCGUGUAAUGUGUCAAUUCUUUUGCCAGGAUUAAAGCCAUUUUCAUUUUUUUUAAUUGUAUGAUUUUUAAUAAUUAAAAUAUUUUUUUAACAAGUA